AUGGGCCGAUAUGAAGGACGAGACAGCUUCUCCGCCGGAAGUCACCACUUUUCCGGCUCCUCUCAUUCAUUAUACUCCAUGGUCCGGGCCUCGGGAAGCUCGACCUCGCUCCCGAGGACCAACUCUCAGUCGCCUAUAUCCGACGGCUCGAUGCUCACUCCUUCGGCGGUGGAUAGCACUCAUGACGGUGGCAUGGACUACGAACAUUACAGAUUGAGAGGCCCAACGAAUCAGAUCCCCGCAGGGCUCGAGGAUCUGCCCAGACGUGUGGAUGCUCAAGUGACUCCGGACUACUCUGACAUCCUCACGGGACUGAAAGAUUUGGAUCCGGAAGAUCCCAUCGCCUGCGACUGGAGAGUCGAUCCAUACGAAAUGGAUCCGGAGCUCACGCUUCAUUACGUCGAAACCUACUUCACGUAUGUGAACGAUCGGAUGUACUACAUGUUCCCUCGACGCCGAUUUCUGCUGUGGCUUCGGUCGAGUCAGCCAAAAUCUCUAGACGACCAUAUGCUUCUUUACUCAAUGAUGACCCUGGGAUCGGUCUUCUCCGAGCGCCCGGACCGGGUGAUAGCAUUGAAGAGAUACUCUCGCACGGCUCGAUAUGCCGUGGAACACAGCAGACACAGCCUCACAUUGCAGCUGGCUCAAAGUCGGAUCAUUAUGAGUCUCUGGUAUUAUGCCAUCGGGGCUCUUGUCAAGUCGUGGGAUGCCGUCGGGGCUGCCGUGCGGACAGUAUGCGGAUUACGGUACAAUGUUGAACUGGGAGGAGUUAUUGUGGACCAAAGUCGAGAUUGCGAGUACGGUCUACAUCCCCAGGCGUUGAUCGAAUGCCGACGUCGAACAUUUUGGGUUGCCUUUCUGAUGGACCGUCUCUCGUGUUUCUAUACCCCCUCGACCACCCUAAUUUCCUCACAAACCGCCUACCUCCGAUUACCUUGCCGCGAAGAGGUCUACGAAGCCCAACAAUACACGACCGUUCCUUAUUUCCAAAGCUUUUUGAACCAGCUUCCCGUGUCGCUCGAAGACGAGCUUUCGGGGUUGAGUGCAAUGGCACUCUUGAUAGAUAUCUUGUCCUUAUGGGGAGAAGUUUCCGAUCACGUCUUUCGAUUGUCCUUGAUUCCGGCCGAGGCCUAUAGCAGACUAUUCGGGGAGUUCCAUGCCAACGUUGUUCGCCGGUCGGACGAGUGGGCUGCCAGGCUGCCGGACCACUUGACCUUCACGGCCGUCAACAUGGAACGCAGCAUUCGAGCCAAGAAGGCGGAUGCUUUCAUUUCCAUACACCUCUUAUAUCAUGCAACCUUGAUGAAGCUGAAUCGGCACGCGCGAUUCCAGAAUCUUCCGGACGGGCUGGUGGAUCGGUACAUCCACGCGACCCGAAACCACGCGGUUGAGAUUCUGCGGAUCUCGGUGGCUCUCAUGCGAUAUGCGGCCGACUACGAGUCUUCCCGGUCGGCUUUGGACCCCAACGUCUCCAAGGGGACUCUGCUCAAUCCCUUUCUGGGGUAUGUGAUUCUGUCCGCGGUCGACGUGCUCAGCGCCGGCGGGUUGAUCGUGGACCUUCCCGAGUGCAUUCGUCUCGUCAACGGUGGUCUCGAGGUCAUGCGCGAGCUGAGUCGAUUCUGGGCCAGCACCAUACCUCUCGUGGCCCUAAUCGAUGCACGGCUGGAUGCGAUGACCGAGGUGCCUUACCCGACAGUCGAGGUGGAGGGCAAGAUUGCCUUCCGUACAAAGAGUCUGUCCCUGGAUAGUCAGGUUCGCAGCAGCGUCCAGAAACAAGAGUCCUCGGCCAAUGAAGACCUUCUGUAUGAAGAGAUGCCGCGCGAACGGCUGUUCGUCGCUUUGGGAGCUGGCAACGUUCCUUUCUCGGAGGACAACAUCCUCUGGAUGAGAGACCCCCCGAGACACCACCCUCUGAGGGAUGACAGCUGA